AGGGGAGAGAGACUCGUCAGAGCUGCUGGUCAGGCAGGAAGCUGAGUGUGGUUAGCUGAGCGGAACAGUAGACGGGAAGCUGUUUUUUUUUUUACUGUAUUUGUUCUGCGUAGUCCCUCCGACUAAAACUGGAACUGGUGGAUAAAAGUGAGAGUUAGGAGGGACAGUGGAGCCUACAGAGAGUGGUUAAGGUAAAGCUGGAGGCUCCAGAGAAAGCUUGAAGAGAGGCCUCAUAGUUCAGGUGUGAGACGAGUCAUGUUGCCGGCGUGAGCUCUCGGGAGAUUGUAUGGGCCCUGCGAUGGCAGUUUUGGCAGGUGUGAAGCCUGGGACUGGACAACAAGCAGGUGGAGGGAGGCUGUCCUGGCCAGUUUUCCUGCUGACACUAGCUGCUGUCACCUGCUCCUCUCUUUCCGCUUUGUCCCUGUACCAACUGGUGGCUCUCAGAGCGGAGGUAGAGGGACUCAAAUCAGAGGUCUGUCGCAGGAGAGAGGAGGGACAAGAGGCCAAGCAUGGAGGCCAGACUGAGAAUAUCAAUAGCAGGAGAAGCAACCAAGAGCCGCUCCAGCAACCUGAGUCUCAACAUGCUUCCACCCUGUUAAGGAAGAGGAGAGUCGUGGCUGGAGCAGACACAUUAGUUUCUCAACCUUGCCUGCAGCUGUUGGCAAACAGGAAAAGGACAACCUUCAGCAAAGAAUUGGAAUCGACUCUCUACACAGGUAUCCCCUGGCAGACAGGACUGAGGAGGGGCUCUGCCCUGGAGGCAGAGGGAGACCGCAUAUUAGUUAGACAGGAGGGCUUCUUCUUUGUGUACAGUCAGGUCUUCUACAUGGACAGUACCUUUGCAAUGGGUCACGUGGUGAUCCGGUGGAAGAGUAAUGUGGUGGGAAACGACGAUCCUUUUGCAGUCCUGUUCCGCUGCAUCCAGAGCAUGAACCCUGUCUUCCCUUUCAACACCUGCUACACAGGAGGUAUUGUGAAACUGGAGGUCGGGGACCACUUGGAGCUUCUGAUCCCCCGUUCCACAGCCAACGUGUCCCUGGACGGAGACGUCACCUUCCUCGGUGCCGUCAAACUGGCUUAAAGUGUGUCAGCUUGUUUUGGACCUGAGGGACGCUGUUGUCAGGGGAAACACGUGCCACAUUGGGAGGAGAGGGAGCAACGAGGCACAGUUCUGCUGACCUUGCCUGACCUUGGGUGUUUGGGAGAAGAAUACAGGAAGCAGCCAUUUGUGCUCUUGCUGUAAGAUAGACUGUGUGACUCCUUGCUAGUGAGCAGACAUGACGGGGAUGAUGAGUUGAUGUCAUAGUCUUUACUCUUUACAUACAGUUUAUAUACACCUUAUAGCCACGGCUUUAUUGUGUUCAUUUCUACCACACACCAAGACAAAAUGUUAUAAAAAUCUGCCAGGAUCUAGUACUUUUUCUUCAAAUAAUCACAAACACAUGACAUAGGCUGACUUGGAAGGAAGUGUGUUAUUUGUGUGAAAUCAUUCUUAUAUUCUUACAUGCACUGAUCAAUAAUCUUUUCUACUGUUGCAGCAGCAUUACUAUGUCGCUGAAAUAGUUCUUCUCACAUGCUUCAUUUGUUUUUUGUAUUUUCUUUUAGAUAUUUUAACCCAAACAAGAGUCUGGUUAUCAUCCAAAUGCCACAAUUUGAUUCCAGUUUAACUGUAUAUGUCUCAAAUGAUAUGAAAAUUCAGAUACAAUAAAGGGGACAGUUCUUGCUCAAGAGAUGACAUCA